AUGGCCGCAGCAACCAACCUGCGCUGGCUCGUCGGUGAGGGUCCCGACGCGCUGGAACAGGGUAUUUCAUUUGGAAUCCCAUGGCCUAGGGGACAGUACCAAUCUGGUCAAAAGUUUGCGAUCGAAGGAGAAGGGGGUGAGGAAUACCUGCUUGAUUCCCGGGAGCUGGCUUUCUGGGCAGACGGUUCUUUGAAAUGGACGACACACUCGGUCAGCAGUAAUAUUGGGCAUAAUCGCAGUUACACGGUCAGAGGCGCGUCUAUCCCAAGUGAGAUGGAACCAGGGAUAACAAUUGAGAGAAAGUCUGCUGGCAUGGUGGUUUCAACGAGUCUCGGCCUUCGUAUUCGAUUUCCUGCUCCUGGAGGCCCUAAUCUGUUUGAAAGUGUGUCAGUGAACGAUCGUGAGAUAUGUUCGGGUGCAAUGAUUGUCGCAUCUAUUGAUGGCAAGGAAUACAUGCCGGCAGUCAAAGAGGUCAAUAUAGAAAACGUCACUCAUUCGAGGGCCGUCGUCAAGGCGUCCGGGGUUCUGGUCUCGGCUGAACAACAAGAACAUCUUCCUUUCGACGUCAGAAUUUAUAUUUAUUCACAUGCUCUACCGCUCAAGAUUGUAUUCUCGUUUGUGCAUGACCUGGACCCAGAAGAGCCCCUCGGGUCCCUAGGGCUUCGGUUCGCUGUGCCGAUGGAUAAGAGCGAGUUGUAUAACCGACACGUUCACUUCAUGGGUCAGAAUGAAGGGACAAUGAAGGAGGCAGUCCAAGGACUGUCUGGACUAUGGCAUGGUCUAACCGUUCAGAACAAGGUUGACCAAGCUUCUGGAAACAUGGUGACUCUCAGGGAGGAUCGAUGGCUGCCAUACGUCCCCUCUUGGAACGACUAUUGCCUUACCCAGCUAUCGUCAGACGGGUUCACUAUUAAAAAGCGCACAAAGGAUGGAUGCUCCUGGGUAAAAGUCGCUGGAGGAACUCGAUCUGCUGGCUCGGUUUAUGUCGGGUCGGCAACAUCAGGGGGGUUGGCGAUUGGAAUGUCUGACUUUUGGGAGCGAUAUCCAACCCAAAUUGAUCUAGCAGACUUGGUCACGGAGCAGGCGUAUAUUACGAUGUGGAUGUACUCACCGCUGGCCGAGCCUUUAGAUACGCGCCCAUAUCACGAUGGUCUGGGUCUUGAUACUUAUCGCAAGCAGCUCGACGCUCUCGAUGUCACAUACGAAGACUACGAGCCUGGAUUUGCUACUGCUAAUGGUAUCGGCAGAACGAGUGUCUUCUUCAUCAGACCCUUCGCAAAUAGAACACCUUCUAACAAAGAGCUGAGCACCUUCUCAGCUUUUGUGCGAAACCCUCCCCGACUAGUUCCGACAGCCGAAUGGAUGUACCAUGCUGACGUCUUCCAUGGUUCCUGGGCUCCUUCUCACCAAACCUUGAAACAUCAUCCGAGCAACGUCGAGCGGGACAUCGAGAAGAACCUGGAAACGCUCUUUACGUUCUACCGCAAGCAGGUGGAACAGCAUCGGUGGUAUGGAUUCUGGGACUAUGGCGACGUGCAACACACAUACGACCCGUACCGACAUUCCUGGAGGUAUGAUGUUGGGGGAUUUGCAUGGGAUAAUUCGGAACUAUCGACAGACUUGUGGCUCUGGCUCUACUUUCUCCACACCGGUAGAGCAGAUGUUUUCAAGAUGGCCGAGGCAAUGACCCGCCAUACGGGCGAAGUUGACGUUUAUCACACGGGACCUUUUAAAGGCUUUGGGACCCGCCACGGGGUCCAGCAUUUCAGCGACAGCUCUAAGCAACUCCGCAUCUCCAACGUGCUCUACCGGCGGAUUUACUACUACCUUACGAGUGAUGAACGUACGGGCGAUCUGAUUAACGAACUUCAAAACUGCCAAGAGGGACUAGCGAUGCUUGACUCCCACCGCAAAGUCCAACAGCACGCUCUGAUUCCGGAGGGAUUCGCGAUCGCAAAUAUCGGUCUUGAUUGUGGCGCAUUGAUUGCUUCGUGGCUGACAACUUGGGAGAGACGAGUAGCCGGGUGGUCGCAGGCCAAGGAACGCCUGAUUAAUAUGCUCAAUGGCAUCGCCAACCUCCGACACGGCAUCGCAAGGAAUGCCAUACUGCUGGACCUUUGCAUCGGGGAGAUUCGUGAAUGCCCUCCCCCGACUCCGCCGUAUGCUGUCAAACACCUCUCCAUGUUGUUCGGGUUUCCUGAGGUUGUGGCGGAAAUGUUAAAUUACGUCAAAUCCGAGCCAUCAUCUACAAUGACACGGUUUACGGAUGUCUGGCUCUCGUACUGUCGCGCCUAUAACGGCGGAUCGGAGACUCAACGACAGGAAUUUGGCUUUGAGUUCCCUGCUCAGGCAACAUGGCGACAGAGUCAUUCUACACUUACUGCUUUUGCGGCAAGAUAUCAAGGCAGCAAGGUAUUAGGUGAAGCAGCUUGGAAACAGUUUCUGGAUGCCGAUGGCUACUCUCGACGUCACAACUGGACAGUUGUAGAGACUUCGGGUCUUACCGAUGGGGAGGAGGCUGCCUGGAUCACUACAAAUGAGGCAGCACGGUAUGGUGUCUCGGCUAUUUUUAAUCUGGCGAAUGUCAGGGAGUACCUUGAACACUUUGAGGAAGAUGAAGUCAACCUGCGUGAAUAG